AUGUCCAGCAAGCCAGGAGAGGAGUUCGAAGUUCGCCAGACCUCGACAUCCGAGGACUAUACNCCCGACCCUUCCAAGUCCAUCAAGCUCAGCCCUCAGCGCCAGGCUCUGAUUGACGACAUCAUCGCUCUCUACAGCUGCGAGCCCACCGUCAGACGUGUCGAGCGCUACACCGCUGAUUGUGUCUACGAUGACCAGUUUGUCUACGCCAACGACCGCUACAAGAUGGCUGGACAAUGGUUCGCUCUGCCCAAGCUAUUCAAGGCAAGCAAGAACGAGCGCUACGAGAUCAUCAAGAACGACAGGGACUUGAUUCAAUUCAAGAACGAGCAGUCAUGGACGUUCAAGAUCAUCCCCAAGACAGCUACCAUCAACGCACUCGUCUCGCUGUCUCUCGACCCCGACACUGUGGACUCGGACUUUAUCCAAGUCAAGUACCACAAGGACCAGGCGAACGACAAGGACUACUCGCACGAAGGAUUGGGAUUCUCCUUCAAGAAGUGGCAGGCAGACAACGUGGUCAAGUUGAUGAGCUCGCCAGAGGUUGAGCACUUCGCUAAAGACAAGAGCGCGGCCAAGGAACCAGUCAAGAAGUACGGCAGUGGAGACGAGAAGGGCCAAGCUCCCAAGCAGAGCUUCUAG